CCUCUUCCACAUUAACUAUGAAAUAUAUACCACAGCAAUUCCUACGCAGGAUAACAAGCAAUGGAUGCGUGGUCCAUCAUCCUUCUCCUCAUCCCCAUCUUUCUUUCUGUCAUAAUCGCCUUCCUCCUAUUCCCUUCGAAGAAACCACCUCUACCCCCUGGACCUCCAUCCAUCCCUAUUCUAGGCAGCCUCCUAUGGCUCCGCCAUUCCAUAUCCCUCUUCAACAUUGAAAUCCUCCUCAGAAAACUCCGUUCUGAACUCGGCCCCAUCAUCACCCUCCGUUUUGGCUCUCAACCCGCUAUCUUCAUCGUCGACCGCUCUCUUGCCCACAAAGCCCUGGUCGAGCUAGGCGCCUCCUUUUCCUCGCGACCUCCUCCAUCUUCCUUCAGCCGCUUCCAUAAUUCUCGCAUCUUAAACAUCUCUUCCUCCCCGUACGGCGACCAAUGGCGCCUCCUGCGCCGGAACCUUACCUCCGAGAUCCUUCACCCAGUCAAGAUCAAACUUUUUGCCCCUGGACGCCGUUGGGUCCUCGACCUUCUCCUCAAUGAUCUCCAAACUAGGUCUGAACAAUCCCCUGAACGAGCUGUGGUUGCCAUGAAGAGCUUCCAGUUAGCCAUGUUUGCCCUCUUGGUUCUCAUGUGCUUUGGAGAAAAGCUUGAUGAGAAGGCCAUAAGGGAGAUUGAAACUGCACAAAGGGAGCUCCUACUUUAUACAAGUAAGUAUAUGAGGGUCUUUGCUUUUGUUCCUAAAUUAUUCUCCAGAUUUAUGUUCCAGGGGAGGUUAAGGACUGUGGCGCGGUUAAGGCAAAGACAGACCGACCUCUUUCUCCCGUUGAUAAGUGCUCGCAGAGAGAAUCAGAAACAAGCAAGGGAACAAAGAUUCGUUUACUCAUACGUGGAUUCUCUCCUCGACCUCAGUCUAGCAGAGGAAGCAGGAAGCCAACUCACAGAUGAUGAAAUAAUACCGCUCUGUUCGGAAUUUCUCAUCGCCGGAACGGAUACGACCGCCGCUGCUCUGCAGUGGAUUAUGGCGGAGAUCACAGCGCGGACUGCCGUGCAGGCCAAACUGCUUGAGGAGUUGAAAGGGAUAAAUGAAGAAGAAAUCAAAGAGGAAUAUUUGCAGAAGCUGCCAUACUUAAAGGCGGUGGUCUUGGAAGGGCUGCGCCGCCACCCGCCGGCGCACCUCGUACUGCCUCACUCCGUGAUAAAAGAUGUUGAAUUUGAAGGAUACCUUAUACCCAAGAAUGCAUCGGUUAACUUUACAGCGGCAGAUAUGGGUUGGGAUGAGAAGCUGUGGGAAGAGCCCAUGGAGUUCAAACCGGAGAGAUUCAUGGCUGGAGGUGAUGGAGAAGGGGUCGAUAUUACGGGGAACAGAGAGAUAAAAAUGAUGCCUUUUGGGGUUGGGCGGAGGAUUUGCCCUGGGCUUGGUCUCGCCAUGCUUCACCUUGAGUACUUUGUUGCUAAUCUGGUGAGGGAGUUUGAAUGGGCUGCCGUGGACGGAGAGGAGAUUGAUUUCUCUGAGAAGUCUGAAUUUACAGUGGUAAUGUUGAAUCCUCUGCGAGCUCGGAUUAACCUGAGAAGGAAGGUUUAUUAAAACAUUCGAGAUGUUACAUCAACAGAGAAGCAAAUCAAAUAUAUAAUGAUUAGAUAAUGUAGAUACCAUCUUACACUUCAAAAUGUGUGGCCAUAAUUAUAUUUGUAUUAAGAAUUAUUUUGCUACACAGCUCAUCAUGUGGUUUGUUAGGUUGGAAGCUUCUAUAUCUAAAGUAUUUGUGAGUUUGUCUUAAUUGGCCAAAUUGUCUCUAAGAAAAGGAUCAUUUUGCUUACUAAAAAUA